UUGAGGUUUCAUUGCGCCGCCGCACACAACUUUACAUUAUUACGAAAAUAUGUGUGAAAUUUUGAUAAAAAAGUGUUGAUAAGUGUUUGAUAGUGACGAUUGUGAAGUGCAGUGUUAUGAUAUAGUUGACGGAGUAUCGUAGGCGAGUUUUAUUUACCUCAUGGCGGGCUCCGGGGGGUCGGAGUGGAGCGAGGGCGCUGCGGUGUGGUUCCAGCCACCCGGGGCCUCUGCCCCAUUGCCCGGAGAGCUUAUUGAGAUCCACCGAGCUGCCCGCGUCCUGCUCGUCAGCGCUAUCGUCAAUGGACAGGCUCAAACAUUCGCCCUGCAAAUGAGCAAUGGCGAUGAGGAGGGUGACCCAGUAUGGCCGAGGGAGGAGCUGGGUCCUACAGGCGUUGACGACAUGACCCGCCUUCAUGAUUUGCACGAAGCUGCCCUGCUAUGGAACCUGAAGCUUAGAUACGAGCAGGGACUGAUAUAUACAUACGCUGGCUCCAUUUUAGUAGCCGUAAACCCGUAUCGACCUGUCGAUGCUUUGUAUGGCUUACAGACUGCCAGAAGAUAUCACGCAGCUGAAGCCCUGGGCGACUUGCCACCGCAUCUGUUCGCCAUAGCUGCUGCCGCACGUGCAUCUCUACCUCAGCCUCAAGCCAUAUUGAUAUCCGGAGAGUCAGGAGCGGGGAAAACCGAGUCAACAAAAUUAGCCGUCCAAUUUCUCGCAGCAGUCGCCCCAGCACCCCCGGGGAGAGCGCCCGUAUCUGAACAGAUAUUAGAAGCCGCGCCAUUGUUGGAGGCCUUUGGCAACGCACGCACGCCAAAAAACCACAACUCUAGUCGCUUUGGAAAAUUGCUUGAAUUAUACUUUAAGGAUGGCGCUUUAGCCGGUGCCAGAGUUGCUCAUUAUUUAUUAGAAAAAUCGCGAAUAGUCACACAAUCGCCCGGAGAACGAAAUUAUCAUGUAUUCUACGAACUCUUGGCUGGUUUGGAUGAGGAACAGAGGAGAUCUAGAGGUCUAUUGUCAGCAGAACAUUAUUUCUAUUUAAAUCAAGGUGGAGAUUCGGCUGGGGCCGGCGCGGGGGCUGAUUGGUCCGCGCUUUGUGGUGCCAUGCAAGUGUUGGGUAUUGGCGAUGCGGAGCGUGAGGAUAUAAUAAGAGUACUAGCAGCUGUGUUACAUUUAGGUAAUGUUUACUUUCAUAGACGACAACUUCGUCAUGGUCAAGAGGGGGUGCAAUUAGGGGGAGGUGCUGAAGUGCGAUGGGCGGCGCACUUAUUGAAGCUACCAGCAGAGGAACUGGCUAGAGCUUUAACUACUAGAGUAACAGCGGCUCGAGCAGAGAAAAUGAGAUCGCCGCUGCCGAUAGACCAAGCAUUAGAUGCAAGAGAUGCGUUUGCCAAAGCCCUGUAUUCGUCGUUAUUCAAUUGGCUUGUGAUGAGAAUUAAUUCAAUAGUACAUAGAGGGGGACUGCAUGAUGCACACCGAAUAUCUCUCCUAGACAUCUUCGGCUUCGAAGACUUGGAAGAGAAUUCGUUUGAACAACUUUGUAUAAACUAUGCCAAUGAAACGCUGCAACAUUACUUCAAUAAGCAUAUAUUUAAGUUAGAACAGCAAGAGUACCAAAAGGAAAGGCUUGAAUGGUCUCAUCUCACUUGGAAUGAUAAUUCUCCAGUUAUCCAACUUCUCAGCAAGAAACCGGUUGGUAUUUUGCACCUGCUGGAUGAUGAGAGUAACUUCCCUCGAGCGUCGGAUGUAUCGUUCCUUGAGAAAUGCCAUUACAACCAUGCUUUAAACGAGCUUUACUCUCGGCCCCGAUUAGGAGCCAACGAAUUUGGGGUUAAACAUUAUGCAGGACAAGUUUGGUAUAAUGUGGACGGGUUCUUAGACAAAAACCGAGAUGCUCUUCGUGGUGACGUCUUGGAACUCCUGUGCAGCAGCGAGGUGCCCCUUGUGGCUGAAAUGUCUGCCCAGUUGAGGGCCCACCAUGACGCAAAUAAAACUCUGCCACGGGGUGCUAAUGGAAGAUUUGUUACUAUGAAACCUAGGACACCAACUGUAGCUGCUAGGUUUUCAGACAGUCUCCAACAACUACUAGAAUCAAUGUCACGCUGCAACCCCUGGUUCGUUCGAUGCAUCAAACCUAACUCCGAGAAGUCACCGAUGAAAUUUGACAUGCCCUGUGUCCUUGCUCAACUCCGGUAUACAGGCAUGUUGGAUACCAUUAGAAUCAGACAGAUGGGAUAUCCCAUACGUAUUCCCUUCCAAGUGUUUCUGGAAAGAUACAGGUACCUCCUGAAGUCAUUGCCAACUCGUUCAACCCCGUAUCGUGAAAUAUGUAACUCCAUUCUCGCCGAUAUGCCUCCAACCGGAGCAGUGGGUGCAGAUUUCCAAUUGGGCGCGGCGCGUGUUUUUAUACGCGAAGCUCUUCACCGAGCUUUAGAGCGGGCUCGGGCUGACAAGUUGCGAGCCGCCGCCACCAAGCUUCAGGCCCAAAUUAGAGGGUUCCUUGCCAGGAAACGCUAUUACCAACUACGUCACUCAGCAGUCCGGAUUCAGUCAUGGUGGAAGGGUUCACGAGAUCGGCGAACGUUCCUUGUAGCACGGCAUGGAGUUGUGAAGGCACAGGCUCUAGUCAGAGGUCGGCAGGCGAGAAAACGAGUCACGGCCAUGAAGGAACAGAUGCGAAGGCGACAAGAAGCCCAACAGGCCGCAGCUAAACGGCGUGCUGCAGAGCAAAAGGCAAAGGCUGAAAGUCUGCAAGUUCUGGAGGUGCCAGCGGAAUUGGCGUUUAUACUAUCCAAGAUUGAGGAGUGGCAGCCGCCUCAUUCUGACAGAAAUAUUACCAAGAUAUCAGACGUAUACUGUGAAGAGGAACGCAUCCAAUUGCCUAAAGAUCUACAGCAAUUUGCGUUCUCAAAGUUCAGUUCUGUGUACUUCGCGGAUGGCGGGCACCUCAGCCCAAGAAAACUCCCCAUCACCAAACCAUUCUUAUCUAAAGCUGCUGUAAGAGAUCAAGAUUUCAAUGAUGCUGUAGCAGUAUUUAAAUUGAUUUUAAGAUGGUGUGACGAUUCGAAUUCUGGAAAUGAAACAAGGCAAAAGAUGAUAGCUGACUAUAUAGCCUCCCGUGGCAUCAGCUCUCGUGGCCUGCGUGAUGAGGUGCUAGUACAACUAUGUAACCAAGCCAGCGAUCGAAACGGAAGCGCGCGCGUAUUACCACUUCUUGCGCACUGUCUGGCUGCUUUUCAACCUGGAGCUGCGUUACACAAAUACCUGGUACGGUUCAUAUCAGAGCAUUGGGAAGGACCUGAUAAGGCGCGGGUUUUACGCCUGGCGUGUGGUAGCGAAGCGAACUCAGCUCGGGCAAGUGGUCUUGCUCGACGCGCCCCGCCCACUCUUCUCGAAUGGAAGGCAGCAAGUGAGCAGGCCAGACCAGCGCUAGCAUUGCAUCUGCCUACUGAUCGCGUAGAGAAAGUAUGUGUAGAGGCGUGGACAACAUGUGAGCGCGCCGCAUCCAACGCCCUUGCAGCAGCGGGUGUAGCUCAUGAUGCAACCGGCUGGUCAGUCACCAUGGAACAUAAUGGACAACUUACUGAAUGGGCAGGAUGCGAAUACGUACUGGACGCUGUGGGUGAGAUGGAGACAUUUUCCUCCCUCUGUGCUGGUCGUUCGUCACCCUUACGAGCAAAUACGCCAUCUACCCCACCACCCUCACACGUUCUAACGCAUGCCCACACGCUCACACGCACGCGUACGCCUGAAUCGCCACGGGAACGUACGCUUACAGUCCCGCGUCAGACGCCACCAGCACCCCCUCCGAGAGCUUCUUCUAUUGAUACCGAGAGGCAACACCGACCACAAGUGCCACCGCCAGAGCCUCCAAAAUCUCGUUCACCAAGUAUCCAAAGGAUCCUCCACGAAUCCAUUGAAGAGAAUAUUUCCGAAUAUAACUGGAAAAUGGAAGAACCGCGCAAACAUAAUGAAUAUUCCAGAAAAGUAUCCCAUGAUAUUCUGUCACGGGAAUCAGCGCUUAAUGAACGUUACUUUGAACAACAGUCUGAUAAAGUCCGCAGUAGAUCCCUUGACAAUUUAUUAGGAGAUAACCCGGUUCCUCCGCCAUCAAAGCUAAUGGAUUUAGGAUUGUCGCAAUCACGGUUAAACGACAGAUACCACUCAGUGGAGAGACUGGGGGGAGCCCCGAGUGUUGCAAGUAGUAAAGGAGGAGAUGACUAUGGAACAGGCUCGCGUGUGUUGCCCUCCCGGUAUAUUAAGUCACAAUAUGCAGGAAAAAGAGCGCCCGCUGGUUCGCAGUCGAGUCGUGCGUAUAUUGAAAAGAGCUCGGAGUUUGGUGGUGUGCGAUCAUCAGCAAUGUCGGACACAUCAGAAGCGCCGAGCUUAGCGUCCCACGUGCGUCGAGUCCGCGUGCCCAGUCAGGCGUCAGAUGUUGAUCAGUUCCUCGACGACCUCUUCUCGCCCGUACUUGACCCUAACAUUGAUGAACUAUCGGAUGCCAGAUCACUUGCUGCAAGCAUCAAAGGUGGAAAAGACUACGACAAUUUCAUAGAUAACAUUCUUAAUUGCUCCUAUAAUGAGCAAUUGGAAAUUCUAAAUUCAGAAGAAAAGCUAGAGCGGGCCAUAAAAGGUGGAGGAAAGGAAGAUACACAACCGAGCAGAAAAGAAUCUAAUGUAGAUUCUGUUGACGAUUACAUAACCAACCUUUUCGACCCAAUAUUCUUAAACGAUAGUUUAAAAAGACUCAAUGAUGGAGAAAGUUUAUCUGGUGCAAUUAAAGGCGGUGGAGCCACGCCAAGAUCUGCUUCGGCGAAUACGUCAGCCCUCAGUUAUGGAUCAAUGUCCAUGCCCCCUUCAAUGCCUUCAAUGCCAGCCACUCCUGAAGCGUUAGCCGCGGCACUUGGUCUUCACCUUCCUCCGCCGGGAACGGUAGAUAUUAAUGCGUAUCAUCAAAAUUUGCAAAGGGCAUUCCUUCAAAAUGCAAUGGCUCAAAAUUUACAGAUACAACAACAACUACUUGCUCAAAAUCAGGCAUUACAAUCAUUGCUAGCUGGACAAGUGGUAGAAUCUGAAUCUACUCCGACAUCGCCAGUUCGGUCUUCCACUGUUGUGCAUGCUCAAGUACAUUCGCCACCGAGGAAUUCGAUGAAAAUGAGGCGUGAAUCAAACGAAAGCGGAUCUGGUGGAGCUCCUCCACCCCCACCACCCCCCAUGCCACCUCCACUACAUGAAAUGGACCCUUCCGAAGCUCGACCAUUCUUAGAUCCUUAUGGACGAGCUAAAACAGUUCGAAUUGGAAAAUGGAGAUGGCCACCGCCUAAAGACGCAGUUCCGCAAGAUACCACACAAGAUUUUACUAAAUUCAAAAUGCGACAGAUUCAGAGAAGACAUACCCCACAAUCACAUACUAAUGGAGAGCACCACCCUGAGCCACCGAGAGGUAGAUCAAGAUCAGAAGCAUCACCAAGCAUUGAGUGGGAAGAAUUUGAAGUUGACGGACAACCACCCUCCAACAGAGAACCACCGUCACAAAGAACGGCCAGACGUAGCUUUGAAAUUGGUGCACAAAGACCAUCGCCAGGCAGUGUUGGAAAAUUAAAGCUCAGCUCAGAAAUGCGACAGAGGUUGGAACGGGUUACUGCUAGCCAUUCUGUCCGAAGCUCGUCUUCAGCUGCAGAAACACCCAGAGCAGUUAACAAACUAGAAGACACCAGGAAAUUAAUGCUAGAGAGGCAGUUAGGGGGUGGGCCUCGGUGGGAUGCCCCACCACCCCCAUUACCCCCAGCUCCUCCUGGCCCAGCCCCCCCUCCGCCAAAUUCACCCCCAUCACCACCUGAUAAGCCAGCCCCACCACCACCAUCGGUGACAGACACGUCCUCGACAUUUGCGCAAUUACGUCGCGACAGAGAUACGUUUGGCGUUCAUCAGAAUAGGGAAGUGGACGAUCGUCAUAACUUCUUAGCCAACUGGAACUCACGUAGAAAAGAUGACAACGAAUCGCAAGCAGAUGACCUAGCAGCACGAUUUUUAACAGCAGAUAGACGCGAAAAACGUCGUGAUGACUGGGGCGAUGAGUCGGAGACUAGAAGUUACGAUGAUAAAGGUCGUGAUGAAUGGGACUCAGAAAUUGGUGAUAGGAGUAGAAACCAUGAUAACUUCUCGGGCCGAGAUGCAUCAGAGAUAUACGAAAUGUCACCAACGCGAACGGAAAGAAAGGGCGACACGUUCGAUCGCGCUAUGUUUGAUGAUUUUGAACGGUUUGAUGGUAGGAAAAAUUCACGUGACAUGCUGAUGGGAAGAUCAAGAGAAAGCCCGAGAAGAGAUGUUAUGUUUCCGCCAGAUAAUGGGGACACGUUAAAACGCCACGAUCGACCCACAUUUAAAACCCACAUGGCUCAGAAGGAAAGAGACCGAAAACUAGAAGCCGAGAGGAGACAAUCCGUAUCAACACAUGUUACAGAUAAAACGGAACAUCUAGAAAAUGUACCAGCUCCGGCAGCCUUUCUGCCAGCAUCCGAUCGCAGUUUUCUUACCUACCAACGCGUGCCGUGGAAGUUGCGCGUGCGCAAGGAAGUAUUUUCACCAUUGGAAACAUAUAGCGAGCCUGCCAUAUUAGAUUUAUUAUAUGCACAGAUCGUAAGCGACAUAACAUCGACAUUGCCAUCUCUACGCAUCAGUACAGCUGAUCGGCGAGCUGGCAACACUUGGUUACGAUCUCAAAAUGGGCCAGUAAGGGUAGCUUCUAAACGCCAGGCCGUUGAAAUGGCUCGAGAAUGGCCUUUCUACUUUGCCAGAUUAUAUUCUGCCAGAAUACAGCCAGGAGAGAAUGCGGUGCUAGCUGUGUCACACAGUGGAGUAUUUAUUGGAGUUAAAGGUCCCGGCGGUCUCAUAGUGCGUCGGUCAUUAUCGUUUUCGGGUCUACGCGCAUCGUCGCCUGCACCUAGUACUUUGCAGUUGACACCUUCGCGCGACGCCCCGCUCACGCUGCACGUCCCGCUCGCACACAGCGCACACUCGCUCAUCGCUGAAUUCGCGCUUCAGUACUCACAGAUACAACCAAAACCUACCACAAAUGGCACGACCAACGUAAAAGACAGGCUACCAGAGCGAGAGACACGUGAACGCGAGACCAGGGAGUCCCGGGAAUCCCGCGAGUCCCGAGAGUCCAGAGAGUCACGAGAAUUAAGGGAAUCGCGAGAAAUCAGAUCUGCCCGAGAGAGUCGGGAAGAGGAAUUAGAUAGAAGAACGAGCCCACCGCGAGAGAGGGAAAGAGAGAGGGAGAUACACGAAGAAAGAAGAGAACAGCAACACGAUGGCAGACACCCAUUGCUGCAGUUUGCAGUUGAUCACUUUAGACAGAGCCCUGAAUUGGAAGUUCUUAAAGCGGACUCGUCUCUGAAGAGCAAAGCGAAACGCAACGAGUGGACUUGGAAAGCUCAAACUGAUGUCGUCAAGUGGCAAGCCACGCCCCUGCGUGCUCCAUUACUUCGUCUUCCCGCAGCAUUAGCUCCACCGGCCUUAGAAUGCUUUACAUGCGUAAGGGCAUACUGUGGUGAUUUGCAACCACCAGAGAGAGCUAUGCAUCAGGAUUUGACCGAAGUCAAAUGUGUCUACACUGUUCUUAUGCAUUGCCACUCAGUGCCAGAACUCCGUGAUGAAGUCUACUGUCAACUGAUGAAGCAGACCACGUCAAACAGAUCCGCCACACCAGACUCAUGCCAGCGUGCUUGGAGACUCAUGUCAAUUCUUGCUGCGUACUUUACCUGCUCAGAUACACUCAGGCCAUUCUUAGUGGAAUACUUGUCAGCGGCAGCAGCUGAUCGGCGAAGACCGUGCCAAGGAACUGCAGCAGUUUGUCUCGCUAACUUCAGGAAAACCGUCCGAUGUGGCGGACGCAAGAAUGUGCCCAGUAUUGAAGAGGUUACAGCAGUAUCAGCCGGUCGCUCAGCUCGUCGUCAGCUGUACCGACUGCCAGGCGGCGCAGAACGAGUCGUCAACACACGUUGCGCGACUACCGUACAGGAUAUUGUUGAUGAGCUAACGGAACUGAUCGGCGUCCGUAGCGAAGCAGAACGCGCCGAAUUCUCUCUAUAUUGCAUUGUCUCCGGUGACGCACUGACCAUGCCUUUGGCCAGUGACGAGUACGUCCUAGACGUGACCACUGAGCUCCAGCGAGCUCAUCACCCCUUCUACCUGAUCUUCUGCCGGUCAGUGUGGCACCACCCUCUGAGGACUGACGCCCCACCGCUGUAUACUGAAGUGCUUUUUAACCAGGUGGCGCCGGACUACCUGGAAGGUCUUCUGCUAGUUCUUCCAGGAGGUGGUCCACCAGCAGCCAACGUAAUCCGUGACGCUGCCUCAGUGGCUGCCCUACUCCAUAGAGCUGCAGGCCUCGCUGAACCCCCACAUCCGAGAGACCUGAAGUUCCUCCUCCCAAAACCUUUACUGGCGUUACGAGACCCCAGACCAAACAAAUGGGCCUCCUGGGUAACUGCCGAGUGGCCCCAAGCUAGAGCUCUGUCUCCGCAGGCUGCUAAAUCCAAAGUACUCCAGGUACUAUCCCGUUGGGCCCUAUUCGGGUCGUCGUUCUUCGCCGUCCGCCGCGUAGGUGGAGGGGGCACGGGGGGCGAAUGGCGCGAAUUCGUCCUAGCUCUGAACAGACGCGGCGUACAUCUGCUGCACCCACACACCCACGAUACGGACACACAUUGGCCGCACGCGGAACUCAUUUCUACUAGAAAGGUGCGUUCCGAAGAUGGCACCCUAUUCUUGGACGUGAAGUGUGGAUCGCUACUGCAACAGAGAGUCACACGCCUUCAAGCAGAACAGGCACACGAAAUCGCUCGUCUCAUACGACAGUACAUUGCGCUACAGAGGGAGAGACACGAUACUGAUAUGAACAGCCAGUAGAGUUUGUGAACAUAGCUAGUGUGCAUACCUCAAUCCGUCUAAAUCUGGGGUUGGAGUUAGACCUAAGAAUUCCUCGCGCCAUAUUGAGAUAAUUUUAAGUGUUUCAUCAAAAAAACGUAAAAUAAAAUCUUUUUUUAUAAAUGACAUUAAAUUGUUUUAUCGGUUUUCUUUCUUUUUAAAUUCUUGAGACUUUAGUGGUUUGUUUUUUCUUUCGCCAUGUCUUAUAAGAAUUUAUCUUUGGUACCACCAACUAUUUUACAGAAGAUGACCCUUUGAUUUUAUAAAAACUAUUGUGAAUACUAGCUGCUACUCCCUUCCUCGCUAUACUAAUACUGCAUUAUAAUGUUCAAUAUAAAAUUUUCUAUCGCCUAUUUAAUGUAUAGGAAAGUGCACGGUCGGUAUUAGGUAUAUAUUCUGACCUAAGUUUGAUUUGCAGAAGUUACUCUAAGAACGAGACUUAGCGCUAAGUCUAACUCUUGUAUGUCAAAAACGUACUGAAUUUUGACACACGGGAAUCAAUAAUUCGCGCUAAGUUUCUAAAUCUCACCCAAAGUCAUAUUGCUACUACUAAUAGACGCGUCAAGUUUCCCGAAGGUUUUAAAUAGGUAUAAAAAUAUCAAACGCAAAACAUUGUUAAGCCAAAAAUUUAAUUAUCUCAAUAUGGUUCGAGAUCCAGAGGAGUAAAAUGAGAAUAGGAUUCUAGAAUUCAUUAAAAUAGUUUACUUCUAUUUUCAUUUUAGUCAAGUUACGUUGUAUUAUAUUUUAUAUAAUUUAUAGAGUAUAACCAAAAAAUAUCUAUUGUCACAAUUUAUAACUUGUCUAUGGAAUUCGUAUUAUUCGUCUAUAAUAUUGUUUUUUCCAUAGACAAAUAUAUCGAUAGUUUAAGGUGCUAAUACGAAGAUAGAUCGAAGUACGAUAACCCAGAGUUGUUUAUAUUUAUUCGAAAGACAAAAAGUGCUAAUUAACAAUGAGCACCUAAAUUUUGUGUAGCAAAAGGCCGAAUAGGUCGGAGUCAUGUUUAUUUUUAUAUGAAAUUUUAUAUUGUAAUUAUAAUUGAAUGUUUGUACAUGUCAAUAAAGGUAUACAGUUUUA